AUGAAUUGGGUUCGAUUAGCAGCUUUUAUUCUCACGGCAUCUGUCGAAGCUCUUGCCAGUGGCGCCUCUCCUCACGAUGGCGCUACGGGAAGCUGCAGCUCGUCUUAUAAUGGCAAAUUCGAGGUUACUAUUAACAAGCUCGGCAAACGAGAUAGCGAGAAGCGAUCUUGCGGCGAUCCUGAUGCCCUGCUACUGACACUCAAGGGCGGAAUUCUUAAAGAUGCCAAGAAUCGCACCGGCUACAUUGCGUCCAACUACCAAUUGCAGUUCGAUGAGCCAACUCAGCCCGAUGCCAUCUACACAAACGGCUUCUCUUCGUGCUCCAACGGUUUACUGGCUCUACGUGGUUCAACUACCUUCUACCAAUGUCGCUCCGGGAACUUUUACAACUUGUACGACCGUAACUGGGCAGCCCAGUGCGAACCAGUCGAUAUUCUUAUCAUGUCUUGCGACGGGAACACUCAAUGGGGUGAAGGCAACAGCCGAGGAGAUGCCACUGUCAGCACCAAGGCCGUCUAUACCGCCGCCAUCGUGAAGGGUCUCCCGAAUGACCCGUCACACGCACAACACAACGCGGGCAACGCUAUUCCAAUCUGCCAGAUUGGGGAUGGGCAGCCGCAAGUUCAUGAAGCCCCUUGCAAUGGAGGAUCUCCAGCUUCUCCCGGUGGUGGCCAGGUGCCCUCAGAGGCUGCUCCCACGAAGCCUCCUGCGGCUGUUCCAACAGCUACUGGGGCUCAUAAGCAAUCUGACCCUCCACUUACGCAGCUUCCAGACGGACAGCCGAAAGCGCCGCCAGCCGGUACCAAUGCAGCUCCAAAACCUUCUCCGUCUGCUUCUGCGGAAGUUCCAGUCAAUGGCGCUGCACGGCUUGGUAACGAUAUCAUGGUGACUAUUGGUAUUCUCAUGCUCUAUUAUAUGGGUAUAGGUGUUUAG